ACACCAAGUCCUGGGAUGGCAAGCUCUGGUCAUUUGGAGACAGUUGUGUCCUGUCCCAGGCAGACGGCAAGGAAUGGAGCUUCCGCCACGAGCUGCAAUGGAGCUACCCCAAAGGCACUGGCCUUUUCCAUCGAAAGGAUCAUGGCCAAAACCUCAGAACCAAGGAGCCAUACUGAACAAAGACAAAGCUUGGAGAAAGCCGAAGGCAAAAAGGUUGGGAAAUUGUGUUCUCCUGUCCCGUGUAUGCUUCCUAUCCAACCUUUCCCUUAUGACUUGCAAGCUAAAGCUCUCUUGAACUAUUCUGAGGUAUGGAAGACUAACCUGAGGGGGUCACUUUGUACUUCUGCGGCAAUGUGUAAAUCAAACUGUGGGAUGUGCUGUAAAACUGACUUAACUUUAGGCCCUUCUAUGAUGACUGCAAACAGACUGAUUAAACCCCAAGUCAUAAACCAAACGGUCGCUAUGCCCGCCAACGGUUCCCUUUAUUAUUUCAACUAUCUGGACACUACCUACCACCCUUCAGAGUUGCUUCAUGGACAUCACAUCUUCCCAUCUCACAUCCUCGGUUCUCAGCCCCCAGCCUCGCUUUCUGCUCACCAGAAACUUCUUUUGUUGGAGAAUGCUAAAUUUGCCAGCUUGGCCGCAGAGAAAUACCCAACGCCACAAUUUCCUCACAAAGAACGGAUCCCAGGACAGCUCGACCAAGUUAUCAAAGAAAACAGCAGCUUUCCAGUCGAAAAGAAUGUAAUUAAAAAUCAUCAAAAACUGAGCAACACCUCAAACGAUGGCAAACCCAAAAACUUUACCUGUGAAGUGUGCGGAAAGGUUUUUAACGCACAUUAUAACUUAACACGCCACAUGCCAGUUCACACUGGGGCCAGACCGUUUGUGUGCAAGGUCUGUGGGAAAGGUUUCCGACAGGCUAGUACCCUGUGCAGACAUAAAAUAAUCCAUACACAGGAGAAACCUCAUAAAUGCAAUCAGUGCGGAAAAGCUUUUAACCGAAGCUCCACUCUCAACACUCACAUUCGGAUCCACGCUGGUUACAAACCUUUUGUUUGCGAGUUCUGUGGGAAAGGAUUUCACCAAAAAGGAAACUACAAGAAUCACAAACUGACUCACAGCGGAGAAAAACAGUUUAAAUGUAAUAUCUGCAACAAAGCAUUCCAUCAGGUGUAUAAUUUAACGUUUCAUAUGCAUACGCACAACGACAAAAAGCCCUUCACUUGCGGCACUUGUGGGAAAGGAUUUUGCAGGAACUUUGAUUUGAAGAAGCAUAUAAGGAAAUUACAUGACGGUAACUCCGCCACAGCCCCAGCGAACGAACGUUCAAGGGUGGGGCAAAGUUAG